AUGGUGUCUGUUUCCGGUCCCCAAAUCGCCUUCCCUCUGUCGUUCGCUUUCAGUCUUUUGCCGCUCUUCCUUCUUCGGCUCGGCGGGGCCCGCGCCUGCCUUGCCAUGGGUGCCUACCUGUCGCAGCCCAGCACGGCUAAGAGCUCCGGGGAUGGUGUCGGCAUUGGGCCGCGCCCGCUUCACUUCGGCUACAGCGCCAUGCAGGGCUGGCGGGUCUCCAUGGAGGAUGCUCACAACUGCAUUCCCGAUUUAGACAGUGAGACUGCAAUGUUCUCUGUAUACGAUGGUCACGGAGGAGAAGAGGUAGCCUUGUAUUGUGCCAAAUACCUGCCAGAGAUCAUCAAGGAUCAGAAAGCAUAUAAAGAAGGCAAAUUACAAAAGGCACUUGAAGAUGCUUUUUUGGCCAUUGAUGCCAAGUUGACAAUGGAAGAAGUGAUCAAGGAAUUAGCACUGAUGUCAGGGAGGUCUCGAGAUGAGGGUGAUGAGAAAGAGAUGAAAGUGGCAGAUGAAGAUGAUGUGGACAAUGAGGAGACUGCCUUGCUGCAUGAGGAGGCUGCAAUGACCAUUGAGGAGCUUCUGACUCGAUAUGGGCAAAACUGUGUCAAGGGCAAGCUGGGCCCACCAGGCAAAGAUGUAACCCAGGAGGAUGCCCGGGAGCCAAGUUUGAAUGGUGAAGUAGAUGCGGAGGAGCCCUCAAGGCGUCAUAAAGAGGGUGAAGAAGAGGAGAAAAAUGGCAAAUUGUGCUCUGAGACCAUCAGUACCUCCCAUGGUCCAGAUGUGGCUGGUGGAGGGGAUGCUGCUACUUGCCAAAAAAAGACAGCUGAGGGAGCAUCUCCUGCCAGUGGUGAGAUGGAGCCAUCCUGCUCGUCUGCAAGCAAGAGCCAGCAAGUGAUCAAGUCAAUGUUCUUUGAGGACAGUGAGGAUGAAUCAGAGGAUGCAGAAGAGGAGGAAGAUGACGAUAGUGAGGAAUGCAGUGAGGAUGAGGAUAGCUACAGCAGUGAAGAAGAAGAAUAUGAUACUGAAGAAGCAGAAGAGGAAGAUGAUGAAGACAUGAUGCUCCCAGGAAUGGAGGGCAAAGAAAAGCCUGGCUCAGACAGCGGCACAACGGCGGUAGUAGCACUUAUCAGAGGCAAGCAGCUAAUAGUAGCCAAUGCUGGAGAUUCCCGAUGUGUGGUGUCUGAAGGUGGAAAGGCUGUGGAUAUGUCCUAUGAUCAUAAACCCGAAGAUGAGGUGGAAUCGGCCAGAAUAAAGAAUGCUGGUGGAAAAGUAACCAUGGAUGGUCGGGUAAAUGGUGGCCUCAAUCUCUCCAGAGCAAUUGGAGAUCAUUUCUAUAAACGUAACAAGAAUUUGCCCCCAGAAGAACAGAUGAUCUCAGCGCUACCAGAUAUCAAGGUGCUGACAAUCAACGAUGACCAUGAUUUUAUGGUCAUUGCCUGUGAUGGCAUCUGGAAUGUCAUGAGCAGCCAAGAGGUUGUGGAUUUUGUUCAAUCCAAGAUCACACAGAAGGGUGAAGAUGGAGAGUUGCGAUCUCUUUCAUCUAUAGUAGAAGAACUCCUAGAUCGUUGUUUGGCUCCUGACACAUCUGGUGAUGGAACAGGCUGUGACAACAUGACUUGUAUCAUCAUCUCUUUUAAACCACACAUCAAUCAAGGCUCCCCUGCUGAGAGCAGCAAACGGAAAAUGGAGGAUAGCACAACAACUAGUCCCACAGAAGAGGGUUGUAGCAAGAAGGCCCGACAGGACUAGCAGCCAAGUUGGGUAGGGAAUUGCCCAUGCUCUCACUGGACUCUUGUUUUCUAAACAAAGCUGAACUUUUGAUGCCUGUUUUAGGCUUUUAUUAUCCUUAGGGAGGCCCAUUUUGUCUUUAUUAUUUGGAGGGGGAAAAGGGAUUCAGGGUGGGUCCCAUUGGUCUUUGAAACCAUUCCAAAGAGUGAAUGGCAGGAAGGGUCAUAAUCUGACCAAAGCCCAGAAGGCAGUCUACCUGCUCAAACACUCUGUCACACACACACACACACACACACACACACACACACAGAGAGAGAGAGAGAGAGAGAGACCACUGCAGCGUCUCUGUAUGGUUGUUGCCAUUUCCGUGCCUGUGAUUUUUCUGUUGGCAGGAAGCAGUUUUACAAUGUGGAGAUUUCAGAGCUGCAGUUCUAUUUAAGGCCUCCACUUUUUUUUUUAAUUUGUGGGACUGAUUGCCAUACCCCCCCACCCCAUGGCUACCAAGCCCCAACUCUGUGUCAUUCAUUUUCAACUGAGAUUUUUUUCAAACUAAAAACUAAAACUCUU